CUAGUCAUGUUUUGUAGGUAUGCGAAUCAGGUAAUACAGAAAAAGAUAAGAGAGAAUACUUACCAUGCUUCCUCCCGUCUUAGGUUGUGGACAAAAUUCGGCAAACUAACACUUACAGAACUGAAAGGAUUUUUGGCAACAAUUUUCAAUAUGGGUAUUAUUAGGAAACCAACUAUCGCAAUGUAUUGGGUAAAGAGAAGUAGUCAGUCAACAAUAUGGUUUAGGAAAAUAUUUUCUAGGAAUCGCUUCCAAUUGAUUCUCCGUUUUUUUCAUCUAGUUGACAACCGCAAAACGCCACAGAGGAACUCCGAGCACUAUAAUCCUGCUGCCUGGUUUAAACCCCUUGUUGAUCACGCAAACAUGCAAUCUAAACGAUACUAUACACCCAACAGAGAACUGUCUAUCGAUGAAUCUCUUGUCGGAACAAAGGCUAGAACUGUUAUGACACAGUACAUACCGACUAAAGCCCACAAAUUUGGAAUUAAGUUAUGGAUGCUCGUGGAAGCUACAUCAGGAUAUAUAAUUCAUUUUUUACCUUACCGCGGAAAGCGUUAUGACCCCGUACCGGCUGAUGAUACACAAGGAAGUCAUAUAGUAAAAAAAUUAAUGACAGAAGCCAACUUAUUAAACAAGAAUUAUCACAUCUUCUGUGAUAAUUUUUUCACAUCUAUUCCGCUUGUAAGGCACCUAAGAACGCUCAGAACUUAUUUUACCGGAACCCUCCGUGCGAACCGUCAAAUGCCGCAGUUACUCCGGAACCCUCAGCUGCGGGAGAACGAGUCUCUAUUUAUUCGCCAAAGAGAACUCAUGUGCGUUGCCUAUAAAGAAAGGCAAAACCGCAAAACGGUCCGCUUCGUCACAUCUGCUGUAAAAGCUUCUGCACCGGCACACGGACAUAAACCAGUUGUAUCCUCCAUUUACAGCAAAAACAUGGGUGGAGUUGACUUAAAUGAUAUGAUGAGUGGCAUAUAUGAUGAUAAGAGAAAAACAAAAACAAUGUGGAAAAGGCUUGCAAUCAACAUUUUUCACCGAAUGGUACUAAACGCUUACAUACUAUAAACAAAAAACACUGACGGAAAAUUACUUUCAAGGUUAGAGUUUAUUCAAUCGGUUAUUGACGCCCUCGCAACUGAACAAAUAGAACACAGACAACAUAGGGAUAGAAAUGCACAAGCCGCACACCAACCGCAGAGG